AUAAAUAAGACACAGAUGUGGCGAAAAAAUUCAGAACAUACACAGAGAAGACAUCUCUCUUGGUAUGCAAAUCAAUACGUUUAGCAUCCGAGAAAGCUAGCGAUACGUUUCAUUCCGUCUAACUCUGACACAGUUGGAAAAUUUCGCGAGGUUUCUACAAGAAAAAUUAUUGCGAAUCGACGUUGCUCGUUUCGCUGGCAGAGUUUUCGGUAUGGCGGCCGUUUUAUUUAUAGCGGAGGAGGUCGCGAUGCGUUCUAAAAGCUCCUCGACUCACCAGUAUUACAUGCACAUCCAUACCGAGCUCGUCUCGCACCGAAACCUAAAAAUCGUCUACCGACAGAUCGGAUCUGUAACUCAAAAGAGAAAAACGCUUUUUGAAAAUCGCAAUUCCGGUAUUCCGUCGAUUACUUGAAUAAUGUUGUCUCGAUGGGAAUUCUAGAGCCCUCUGGGAAACGAACACGUGACUUUUGAACCGCUGCAGCUGGGCAACAAAGUGAUCGAUUUGGUGUUAAUAUAGUGUAGUUGAAAUUUCACAUGUCGCGCAUUAAAAAGUAGUUUAUGAUAGACAGAUUGAUCGAGUACCUCUUGCGCAAGUGUACAGAAUACAGUGAUUAAUCACCACGUUUAUUAGGAUUAAUAAAUCUCAGAAUUGCUUAUUGGAUUGCAAUAAUUUUAUGACCAAAUUUCCAAAUUUCUGAGAAUUAUUAGAAACUAUUUAAUAUAAACAAAAUUUGUUGUGAAAUCAUAAUUAUUUUUAACAAGUCUGUAUUUAGCAAAAUAGUCUUCAAAUUUGACAAACAUUUCUAUGUAGUCAAAUUAUAGCUAAUUUGAAACACAUAAUUAUUAAUAUUUUAUUUUAAUUUAAUCUACUGUUCUGUUUCUUAAAAUUAAACAUAAGUUUUGAUUUAUGUAACUCAAAGUAUAAUUUUUUUAUAAUUGCCGAAUUUAUCAUUGUCUUAUUGUUAGUUUAUCUUUAACUUCGGUUCUAAAAAUUGAUGCUGAUAAAUCAAGGUCAGAGCAAGAGAUUUAUGUGUCUGAUAUACUCUCGAAGAUGUCACAAACUGUUACACUAACUUGUCGGCAUCGAUCCAAAGAUUGGACGAUUCUAAAGCAGCAGUUUCCAAUUUUCGAGAAGGCAUAGCAUGUAGCACCAGAUAUUAUCUAUUUUCUCAAAAGUAUAACAUCACUUAUUAAUAAUAAAAUUAUCAAAUAUAUAGUUACAUCAUUUAUAUUAUUAAACAACUUUAUAGAUGAUUGUUUAGUAUGAAUUUGAAUGCAGAUCAAAAAGAAUUGCUGAGAUAUUCCAAUAAAUGCAAAUAUUCUCAUAGAAUUAAAUAUAUAUCGUAUAUACACAAAGCAAGUUUUUGCGAAAUUCAAUAAACAAUUCUAAUAACUACAAAUUUUUAACUAAUAAUUGUAAAAAGACUGUCUUUGUCAAUUAUUGCAAAAUGUGAUACUUUGUUUUUUAAAUCUUCAGUCAGAAGUGACGGACGAUUCUGUUUCGAUGCAUCUAUUUUACGUGGAAUGUCUGUGUGCCGUGUAUUUGUGUCGAGCAAAUUAAAUGAAGACAAACGGUAGGUCGUGAUAAAUGCGGCUCCGAACCAGAACUCGACGGAUCUCGUGUCGUAAGUUGACGGACUCGCGAAGCUGACGAAAACUGCUCCAGUCGACUGGAGACACGCGUGACAGAUACCUUCUUCUCUUCAGUAACAACGAGCAUCGCAAUAUCUUUGCUUCAUCUCGAUCUUCCGUACGCCAACUUUCGCCUUUCAAGAUGGCACAUCUACGGCGCCCAGUGAGGCGGGAGCAUUACAAGCCUUUCGGAAGAAGAAGGGGCUCGGCGGACUCGAACUACUCCCAGCCGAGCUCGGAUCUUUCGCUGGACGAGGAGAAGGAGAGCUUGCGACGGGAGAAGGAGAGGCAGGCCCUCAAUCAACUCGAAAAAGCCAGAUCGAAGCCAGUAGCAUUUGCGGUGCGGACUAACGUGAGCUAUGAUGGAUCCGUCGACGAUGACUCACCUGUUCAUGGUUCGGCCAUCAGCUUUGACGUCCGUGACUUUCUUCACAUCAAGGAGAAGUACGACAACAACUGGUGGAUCGGCAGGCUUGUAAAAGAGAAUUGCGAUGUGGGUUUCAUCCCGUCACCGGUGAAGCUAGAGGCCUUAAGGUUACAGGCGGCAGCGGCGCGUGGCACGAAGGGCCUCUACUCGACGCGAGGAGGGUCUUCAGGGAACCUAGGCGAGAGUGGUAUGCCCUCACGUGGUUCCACACCACCUACGCCAGGUGAUGACAGCGACAGUGUCGGGAACGUGCGACCUGGCAAGUCGACCCUGACGACCCUACCUGUCAAGGAGAAGCGGAAGAACUUCUUCAAGAAGCCGUCCUACGAGACGACAAGCCCCUACGAUGUAGUACCUUCUAUGAGGCCCGUGGUACUGGUCGGGCCGUCACUCAAGGGUUACCAAAUAACGGAUAUGAUGCAGAAGGCGCUCUUCGAUUUUCUCAAACAUCGCUUCGAAGGAAGAAUUAUCAUCACUCGGGUAAUGGCGGAUAUAUCGUUAGCAAAAAGAUCCUUGCUGAACAAUCCAACUAAAAGAGCGAUUAUGGAGCGGUCGACCAGCAGGAGUAGUUGUUUAGCAGAAGUUCAGCAAGAGAUUGAGAGAAUUUUCGAACUUGCGAGAACGCUACAGCUAGUUGUGUUGGAUUGCGACACGAUAAAUCAUCCAUCGCAGUUGGCGAAGACUAGCUUAGCGCCCACGAUCGUUUACCUAAAAAUUUCUUCGGCGAAAGUUCUGCAAAGAUUGAUCAAGACCCGAGGAAAGUCCCAGAUACGUCACCUUAAUGUACAAAUGGUGGCCUCCGAGAAGCUGACGCAAUGUCCGUUAGAAAUGUUCGAUGUCAUCCUAGACGAAAAUCAAUUAGAGGAUGCGUGCGAACACGUCGCCGAGUAUCUUGAAGCCUACUGGAGGGCGACGCAUCCUCCAGACUUUUCCACGGUACCGCGCGCCGUGCCAGCGCCCGAUUCUUCGACGGAUAAUACGUACAACACGCAACAACGCGUGCCAUCAGGUGUUUCUCAUGACUCUUACUAUCGUCGAAGAGGGGGCAGAGAGGACGGAACGAGAAGAUCGCGGAUGGAUCGGGCGGAUCGUGAUCGCGAUCGAAGCGAUCGCAUGGAUCACGAGUACGGCGAGGGGGCACAUGGCGUUGAUUAUGGUAGCACGUCAAGACGUCGCCAGCAGCAGGACUCGCGUGCCGCGAGUCAUAAUGCUAUUUAGGAGCUGGGGCCCCGGGGCCUGUCGCUUCAGCGCUGUCCCCAUCUGCGCACCACCGCCCUUUAGCGGGCUCGCCUCCCGGUAACGCUAUCGAACGCUAGGAAGUGCGCAACGCUACCUCGCGAUAAGAUCGCUGCGCUCUGUUAGUGGGGGCUGUUUCCUAUCGCGUUACUCUACGCCACAGCGGUUGGCAUCACGACGCUACUUUCGGCCAGAUUUUCGUGUCGGCGCCCACUGUCCCCGACUGGAGGAAACUGAAGAACUUCGAUACGCUACCAGUCGCCAGCAGCGUGCACGUUUUAAUCCCGGAGAACAUUUCGCGCUUGCAUUUUUUAUUCGCGCCGCUAACAAGGAAAAGUAAUAAAUUGCAACGCAAGGAUUUUAUUGCUGCUUAAUUAGAGAACACGAUUCAGUUGCGACGUUUAAUAACCGUUGGAAAAUUUUCUGGCAUGCUCUAAACAUGCAUCCUUAUCUUCCGAAAGCUCUUGCGUCUUUAAUAAUACACCUAUAUUAUACGCUGCUGUUAUUCCUCUUUAGAUUACUGAAUACUUCAAUAACGUUCGCGAUCAACUUACUUGUGUAAUUAUACUUUAUUAAUAAUGAACAACAAAGACGGGUUUUCACUAUAAAACUUCUCUUCUCUUUUUCUUCUUCUUCUUCUUCUUCUUCUGCUAUUGAUCAUCAAUAGCGUGGCACAUAUGGUUAUCGAGAUAUCUUCAUUCCGCUAAAUCUAAAUCGCUUAUCGUCGAACUGCAAAGAAUUGAAAGCGAAAGCGCUGCCCUUAAUAGUAUUAUUGUUGAAUGAAUUCCAUUAGCGCGUUACAAAUUCCACAGUUUCGCACACAUUAUCUAUAUAGAAACAUAUCUUCACCUUCAUACGUCGCGUCUUCGCCAAUUAAUGCCCCGAUCGAUAUAUCACGAACGCGUAUAUCACUCUGGCGAUGUCAUCCACAAUUGCAGACUUACGCCACUCAUUGAUCGUACCAACUACCGAACUAUCCUCACGCACAAAUUACCAUCGAGAUGUACUUGUCUGAUGACGUAUGCUUAAGGGCUCUGCUGUAUUACGUAGAGGGAACAUGUCAACCGCUCAUUAUAACGAUUAAGCGUACUAUGCCAAACGUAUCAAAAUGCUCACCGUACUAAUUGCCGGCCACGACGAAGUGCACGCAUCGUUUCGAGAUGCACGUGACAUCUUUUACGCUACUUUAUAUAUACGGAAAGGAAGAUAACGUUGUUGGAAUAAUAUUGUAAAAGAGAAAAAGACACACAUACACACUUGACUGCAUUCGGUACUCCUCGUUAAAUACGCUACUCAAAGUCGUUCAUAUAUUCAACCAAAUCGACACUGUGCAUUUAUCACGUACGAAGUUACUGCAGAACUUAUAUUCUCGAACCUUUUUCGAAAGUCUCACAUUCAAUUAAGAAGAAAUAACUCGAAAAGUUAUCUGAAAACAAUAUCGAUUUCAUUUUCAUAAUCUCUGCAUAAAAUUGGUUCUUAACCAAAUCAUUUUGAAAAUUGGUUGAAAUAAAAUUACAAUCAAUUAUCGUUAAUCGAAAAUCUUCGUAUACACAUGUACACACAUUCUUCACAUUCUAUAUCUUCGAUGGACUAUUUACGAACACAAGUUAUUUGCCAAACUAAAAUUAUUGCGAUAAGGAUGAAUUUCUUUUAAUAUUUACGUACGAUUUUCCAAUUAGCGAGUUUUUAACGCGAAUAGUUAAGGGUUCGAGCGUAGUUUAAUGAUCGUUGAAACAAACGAUUGAUCCCAACAGGAGUUCUAGCCGAUUCGAAAUAAUCUUCCGGUGUCCUUGUCCGCGUUGCAAUAUACGCAGGACAAAUUCCCCAUUCGCGGAAUCAGCUCAACGACACUAGUAGACGCGCGAGACAAUCGCGUGGGACGAGGAGACCAAGAUAGAAAGUGCACUCUCGAAAUAGAGUGAAAAGAGCCCUGGGGCCUUAAAUCCCUGCACCGACUCCUCCCGGGCCCUCCUAAAAAAAAA